UGCACAUAUGUGUUGGCUUUUAAGUGCGUUAAUAAAAAACGAUUUGUUUAAAAUCCAUUGAAAUCAGCAGCCGCAACAAGCUAUUUCGUGUUUCUUCCCUUUGUAACAAUUGCUCCAGCUGUUUGUACGCGCAUCACCCUGUGUGCACUGCAUACAUGUUUUUGCAAAUGUCACAACAAAAUUGCAACUCUCUGCUUCCUCUUCUAUUUGUGACAAUCGCUUUAGCUAUUUGUGCACGCAUCACCCUGUGUGCGCCGCAUACACAAAACCAUAAACAAAGUCAAUAUUGAGUUUUUGCACAAGAUGUCCACUGAUAAUAUAGGCGUAGCUGCCGCUAAUCUGGAUAAAUACGGCGAGGAGGAUUUCUUUGGCCUACUAGUACGCUACGGACUCUUCGUUGGCGCCAUAUUUCAGUUUGUUUGCAUUGCCGCUGCUGUUCUGAUGAGUGGCAGCGAUUCCCAGGACACGAUCGAGGACGAGGCGCGGCACAGCGAUGAGCCUGCGCCGGGCAGCGGCAAUGUGGCGCGACGUCUGCACAAAAUACGUAAGCUGGAGAAGAAAAAGCGGCGCUAGCUGCAUUGCUAUUUUAUACAAAUGCAUUUACUAAGUAUUCCCUAAUUAGUCCUAAGUUUGCGUGUACCUAUAAUAAAACUAAUUUAUUUGGCUGCA